UCGAAAUCUUUUUUUAGUAUUGAAAGAACAGUCGGGCAAGAAAGUUGGGGCGCAGCAAAAUUGAGCCAGACAAAUUAACUAGAUAUCUGGCCCAGAAGAAAGAGAGAGGACAGCAGCAACUCUGAGAUAAACGAGACUUAACAAAAAGGAAAGCAGACGAAACAGCGCAGCCAAAAUGCCUGUCUUCCACACAAAAACCAUCGAGAGCAUAUUAGAUCCUGUGGCCCAGCAGGUAUCUCGCCUGGUGAUCCUGCACGAGGAAGCCGAGGAUGGCAAUGCGAUGCCGGAUCUCAGUCGGCCGGUGCAGGUGGUGUCGGCUGCGGUGGCUAAUCUGGUGAAGGUGGGCCGCGAGACGAUCAACAGCUCCGACGACAAGAUCCUUCGCCAGGAUAUGCCUUCAGCAUUGCACCGCGUGGAGGGUGCCUCGCAGCUGCUGGAGGAGGCAUCCGAUAUGCUCCGCUCCGACCCGUAUUCGGGUCCGGCGCGCAAGAAGCUAAUCGAAGGGAGCCGCGGCAUUCUGCAGGGCACCUCCUCGCUGCUGCUUUGCUUUGACGAAAGUGAAGUGCGAAAGAUCAUUCAGGAGUGCAAGAGGGUCCUGGACUACUUGGCCGUGGCCGAGGUCAUCAACACCAUGGAGCAGCUGGUGCAGUUCCUUAAGGACCUGUCGCCCUGCUUGAGCAAGGUGCAAAGGGAGGUGGGCGCUCGCGAGAAGGAGCUGACCCACCAGGUGCACAGUGAGAUUUUGGUGCGGUGCUUGGAGCAAGUAAAGACCCUGGCACCCAUUCUCAUCUGUAGCAUGAAGGUAUACAUCCACAUUGUGGAGCAGCAGGGCCGCGGAGCCGAGGAAGCGGCUGAGAACAGGAACUAUCUGGCCUCCAGGAUGAGCGACGAGCUGCAGGAGAUCAUCCGUGUGCUGCAGUUGACUACAUACGACGAAGACACCAGCGAAUUGGAUAAUCUCACGGUGUUGAAGAAGCUCUCCAAUGCCAUAUCAAAUAAAAUGGAGCUGGCCAACGAGUGGUUAUCGAAUCCCUAUGCCUUGCGAGGCGGAGUGGGUGAGAAGGCUCUGCGUCAGGUGAUCGACAAUGCCACAGAGAUUUCGGAACGCUGCUUGCCCCAGGACUCGUACCCCAUUCGCAAGCUGGCUGAUGAAGUGACAGUGAUGGCCAACUCUUUGUGUGAGCUGCGUCAGGAUGGCAAGGGACAGAGUCCGCAGGCGGAGUCCUUGGCUAGAGGAAUCCGCGAUCGUCUGGGUGAGCUACAAUCGCUGGUCCACCAGGCAGUGCUCGGUGUGGACAAGGCUGGAGUCCAGCAGACGGCCCACACCAUUCAAGGUCGAUUGGAGCAGGCGGUGAAGUGGCUGCAGCACCCAGAGAUCAACGAUGGAGGCCUGGGUGAGAGGGCCAUCAACUUGAUUGUGGAGGAAGGCCGAAAGGUAGCCGAAGGCUGCCCCGGCCACCAGAAGGCUGAGAUCCAACAGCUGUGCGACGAGGUCGAGCGCCUCAAGCACCAGGCAGCGGGAUCCGGACCAGCAGCCAAGCAGGCGGCUAAACAGCUCACCCAGAAGCUCUACGAAUUGAAAGCGGCCAUUCAAAACGCCCUGGUCAAUCGCAUUGUGCAGGACUUUAUGGACGUGAGCACUCCGCUCAAGCAGUUCACAGAGGCCGUACUCCAGCCGGAGGGAACACCUGGUCGGGAGCAAAACUUUAACCAGAAGUCCAACAACUUGCAGGCCUUCAGUGAUCGUGCAUCGAAGACCUCAAGAAUGGUGGCUGCCGGUGGAGCGUGUGGCAACAAGAAGAUCGCCGAAAUUCUUCUUUCUUCUGCCGCCCAGGUAGACUCCCUAACGCCGCAACUUAUCAGUGCCGGACGCAUUCGGAUGAACUAUCCGGGCAGCAAGGCGGCGGACGAACAUCUUCAGAACCUAAAGCAGCAGUAUGCGGAUACAGUGCUGCGAAUGCGAACCCUCUGCGAUCAGGCGACGGAUCCGGCAGACUUCAUCAAAACCUCCGAGGAGCACAUGCAGGUGUACGCUAAGCUCUGUGAAGAUGCCAUCCAUGCCCGCCAGCCGCAGAAGAUGGUGGACAAUACCUCGAAUAUUGCCCGCCUGAUCAAUCGAGUCUUGUUGGUGGCGAAACAGGAGGCUGACAACUCGGAGGAUCCUGUGUUCACGGAGCGUUUAAAUGCCGCCGCCAACCGGCUGGAGCGUUCAUUGCCUGCAAUGGUGGGAGAUGCCAAGCUGGUGGCCACCAACAUUGCCGACCCGGCUGCAGCGGCGGCCUGGAAGAACUCCUUCCAACGGCUCUUGGGCGAUGUGCGUGAGGUACGGGAUGCCAUUGCGCCACCGCAGCCACCACCGUUGCCAACUUCACUGCCGCCACCCAUUCCGGAACUGAGCGCUUUGCAUCUGUCUAACCAAAAUGCUGAGCGUGCGCCGCCUCGUCCGCCACUGCCCAGGGAGGGACUGGCGCCAGUACGUCCGCCACCACCGGAAACGGAUGAUGAGGACGAGGGAGUCUUCCGCACGAUGCCACAUGCAAAUCAACCGAUCCUGAUCGCCGCCCGAGGCUUGCACCAGGAAGUGCGUCAGUGGUCUUCCAAGGACAACGAGAUCAUUGCGGCCGCAAAGCGAAUGGCUAUCCUGAUGGCCCGUCUCAGCGAACUGGUGCUCUCCGAUUCGCGGGGUAGUAAGCGGGAGUUAAUCGCCACCGCCAAGAAGAUCGCCGAGGCAUCUGAGGACGUGACCCGUUUGGCCAAGGAGCUAGCCCGUCAGUGUACCGAUCGUCGUAUCCGCACCAAUUUGCUUCAGGUGUGCGAGCGCAUCCCGACCAUCGGCACUCAGCUGAAGAUCCUGUCUACUGUAAAGGCCACAAUGCUAGGUGCCCAGGGAUCAGACGAGGAUCGUGAGGCCACAGAAAUGCUGGUGGGCAAUGCCCAGAACCUUAUGCAGAGCGUGAAGGAGACUGUGCGCGCCGCUGAGGGAGCCAGCAUCAAGAUUCGAUCGGAUCAGACCAGCAAUCGGCUGCAGUGGGUGCGCCGGCAGCCCUGGUACCAAUACUAGGCGAUAUAGAAGGACUAGGGCGCUGUAGCAAGGACCCGCCCAUCUGGCCAAACGCCACCUGCCACCUGCCACGUGUCUUGUGUAACAUACAAAGCUAAACACUAAUCUUAAUGAUUUCUAUUUUAAAUGUUAAUCCCCUAAUAUGUUCCAUCUAAAAUUCAGUUAUGUAAGUGCCUGCAAUUAUUUAUUAUGCGCUCCAAGAACUCGUGCUCAUGUCCCCACCCCUUUGCCCCGCCUGAUUCUAUUCUAAUUUUGUUUCGAUAUUUGUAAAAUGUAUUAUUAAGCGUGCAAUAAAAAAAAGCGAAAAUCAUAAGAAACGAAAGCAAUAUGUACAUACAGCAGUCAGAUUUAAGCGAAUGCAAUGUAUAAAAUAAGUGAACAUAUCCAUAUGCAGUGGGUGUAUCCUCCAAGGAAUUUUAAAAAGCCUCCCCCAUGUACUUGUAGUGUACUAACAGAAGCAUUUAUUGAGACCCUCGUUAAUGUUUGAAAUCUAACUCACUAAACCAGCGAAAUCACCUGCUGACGGAUGUCAAAAGCCCAAACAUGUAACCCAAAAAUGAUGUGUGUCAUGUUCAAUAUAUAAUUGAAAUAAAACUGAACUUCAAUUGUUAA